UUCCAGCUUCGCUUUUCACACCUUCCACCUUUCACAACUUCCACUGUUGCCGGUUGUAGAAGUUCACUCUCAAACAAUGGCCAAGGACAUGACUCUGCUGUGGGGCUCCGGCUCUCCUCCCUGCUGGAGGGUGAUGAUCGCUCUGGAGGAGAAGAACCUGCAGGGAUACAACCAGAAACUGCUGUCCUUUGAGAAAAUGGAGCACAAGUCAAAGGAAGUCAUGGAAAUGAAUCCCAGGGGACAGCUCCCUGCCUUCAAACAUGGAGACAGAGUCCUGAAUGAGUCCUACGCUGCCUGCAUGUACCUUGAGAGCCAGUUCAAGUCUCAGGGAAACAAGCUGAUCCCUGACUGCCCCGCUGAACAGGCACUGAUGUACCAGCGCAUGUUUGAGGGUCUUACAUUCAACGAGAAAAUGGCAAGUGUUAUCUACUACAACUGGAAGGUCCCGGAGGGAGAGAGGCAUGACUCUGCUGUGAAGAGGAACAGAGAAGUUCUGAGUGCUGAAGUCAAGCUUUGGGAGGGAUACCUGGAGAAGAGAUCAGGCUGUUUCCUGGCAGGAAAGAACUUUUCACUGGCUGAUGUGGUCGUUUAUCCAAGCAUCUCUUAUCUCUUCCGUUUUGGGUUAUGUGAAGAGCGUUACCCUAAAAUGGCAGCUUACUAUAACUGCCUUAAGGACAGACCCAGCAUCAAAGCCACCUGGCCCCCUACCUGGCUGGAGAACCCACAGGGACAAGACCUGCUGAAAGACAUCUGAGAUGCUGACACACUAGAAGUGUUCAUGUUGUGUAAUAUGUAACCUCAACUUCAGUUGGCAGCAUUUAAGAAAUAUGCAUUUACUUUUCUGUAGUUGUUUUCUAGCAGAAUUUGUUUGUGAUUUAAACCGCAGAUUAUAUUACAUUGUGUGGUGUAAACAAAAGCAAUAAAAAAAUGACUUUCAUCUUCA